CGCUAGGGGCGGCUCUGCAGGGUCCUUGCGCCGCCUCCCGAGCGCCGCACUGAAGGGAGCGGAACGCGCUGAGGAUUGGGCGGCGAGGCCUGUGCAGGGCCCAGGCGAGGCGGGAGCGCGAACACAGCCACCCCCCCACCCUCGACAAGCGCAAGGACUACAACUCCCGGCAUCCCCCACGGCUCCACCUUCUUCCCGCCAAUCAGCGGGCGCAGGAGGCGGAACUUCGGAGACCUAAAGGCCGGGUUAGUGGCCUAGGUUUCUCCGGCUCGGAAGUAGAUCUGUUCAUUUCCGGUGCUGAAAUCGUCUGCGAAUUCAUCAUGAUUCUCCAACAGCUAUUCAGAUUUUCCUCCAUUUUCCGCUCUGCCAUCUCAGUACACUUGCGUAGGAACAUUGGCCUUUCUGCUAUAGCGUUUAAUAAGGCGAAGGAACUUGAUCCAGUUCAGAAGCUCUUUAUAGACAAGAUCAGAGAAUACAACAUGAAGAGCCAGAAAGCUGGUGGUCCAGCUGAUGUAGGCCCUGAAUACCAGAAAGACAUGGCUGAAGAAAUUGCCAAAAUUCAGCGGUUGUAUGGUGGGGGAGACCUGACCAAAUUUCCAGACUUCAAAUUUGAGGAGCCCAACUUUGAAGAGUCUCAAAAAUGAUGUGGUUGAUGUCUGCAUUCCAAGCACUGGUGUCAUCUUUUUCAUGGAGUUGUUAAAUAGGCCAGCAGUUGUAAUUUAAUGUGGAGUUUCACUUUCAAAUACUUGUUUGACUUCUGAACUCAAUACAGUACAAGUACAACAUGAUCUGCCAUAUUCAUAAAAUAUGGCAGUUCAAUUCAUAAAAUUCACUUUUGGAAAUCAAAUAUAAAGUGCUUAGUCCUUUAUCCAGUGUUUAAACACUGUUUACUGAGAUGACAUUUCAGUAUCCAGAUAAAACCAAAUGACCACUUAAGUGCAAAAUACAGUUAAAGUUAAUGAUACCUUUCCUAUUGAAAAGAACUGCGCUUCCCUAAAUUUUAAUCAUGUCACUGAAAUCUUAUAAUACAAUAAAGCCUGCAAGUAUGGCAUUAUUGUAUGCAUGUGAUCAUUCUAUGCUACAUUAUUGCAAUAGUAAAAUUUUAUUUAGACAUAUCCAGGAAUUCAAACAUUACAGCUCAUCCUCCAGUUGUGCAGGGCCCAUGAGCUGAAGUGGACUGACUGACUGACUUUUAUAUAAUCUUGGUGCACCAGAACAUUCUUGAAGAGGCUAUCUUGUUCUUUUAAAUGAAAAACUUGAGGUUCUGGGGGAGAGUUGAGUACUAAAGUUUCUGGUCUGUUCCUGAAGACCGCAUCCAAAUAUGAAACUUAUUCAAGUUCAGUCCUGUCUACCUGAAACACCAACAGAGGUUUGAACUACAGCUGCUCAAAGUACAGGGAGAGAAAUAACAGUGAGCUGACUUAUCUGAAUGGCAUUUGAUCCCAAGGAAACAAGAUAAACUGAGCAUUUUGCAAUCUCGGUAACGUUUCAUUUCGGUACCUGGUGCAGAUCCAUUAUGCUUUUUUCCCCCAAUUCAACCCUUGGUAGGAGUACAGGACUUAACACUACUGUGAUAUCAAAGGCAGUCAGUAAGGUCAAAGUGUAGAGUUUCAUCUUUACCUACUAUUUUACUCCACAAUGCAGAGUAUAUACCUAUCCUUUGCCUUCCUCUGUCACAGUAGUUUAAUGAUCCUUUUCCUAUUGCUUAUGUCAGGGAAACUUUUCAGGGCUAAGAUUAAGACUUUAUAUAGAAAGUUUCACUCACCCAUGAAACUGCAAAAUAUUCUCAUUUAUAGUACUGUUAGAUGUAUGCACUCUUAGCUAAGAUUAAAAAGUAGGAUUGUUCCUUUAAGUGAAUUUCAGUAUUUGGUGUGAUUUCUUAAGAAAUCUUAGCUUACUCCUGCCCCCUGUAGCCCACUGUUUUUAGCAGCUACAUUUGUAUAGGGAAUUCACAAUAUUCUGCUCUUCAAAUCAAUCCCUCUUGAGAAUUAUUGUAUAAUCUAAGCAUUCAUUUAAAACUUGUAGCUUGUUUUGUUAAACAUCAGCUAAUCAGACAAUGUACAGACAGCCUGAAUGAUAGUUCACUAAAUGAACUAUUAAUCCCCAUGGGGUGAGAAACAGGGCACCUUAAAUGUUAACGUCACUGCUCGCUUUGAGCAGCAAUGUCUAGUUUCUGCUGCUCCUAGAAUCCCAUAUAGCCUAUUUUGGUGCCAAAGAAUCUGGCUCCUAAAGUUUUCACACAGCUUCUCUGAAAAAAAUUGCACGUUGAUCCAGAUACAUGUAGUAUAUGAGGAGUGGGGACAGUGAAAUAAAUGGGUUGUAACAUUAAAGCAGUUCAGGACCAUA